AUGAGUUGUCUGGAUGUGAUGUUUUACCAGAGUUAUGGAGCUCACUAUCUCCCUGCGUCUUCAGCAGCAGCGGCAGCAGCCUACAAAGCCGCAUACUACCAUCAUCAACAGCACCAGCAGCAGAAGAAGCUGGGUGUGUACAGCAGCAUGCAGCAGGACAGCCAAGAGCAGCAGUGUCCAGGGGGGAGACAACAACAGCAGCGUGGGGGAGGAGGGGGGAGACUGGCUGGGGAGCAGUGGGUGCAACGGGGCCUGGAGGGUUCUGGGCUGAGGGGCUGUGGGGGUACUGGGAAGGACAGCCAGCCCGCUGAGGCAGAGUACCUGAGCUCCAGGUGUGUCCUGUUCACCUAUUUCCAUGGUGACAUUGGGGAUGUGGUGGAUGAACAUUUCUCUAGGGCUCUGAGCCAAACCAGUGCCUUCACUGGAGAGACCAAGAACUCUAGGACCACCCCCAUGCACACCUCUGCCUCGGUUGGACUGUGGAAAGACAGUGUAUCUCUCUCGGAGGCCCAGUGUGGUUCCCUGUCCUCCUCUCUGUGGGGUGGAGGUUACCCGUCCCAGACCAGCCCCUGUCUCUCCGUCCACCCAGACUUCUCCCCCAGCCCAGCAGCCUUCCAUGCCCCAGACAGUGCUCUGUGGACGGGCCACAUUCUGCCCCAGCCCAGCCUCCCUCCUACAGCCUCUCUCCCAGACCACUGGGCCUACAGCCGCAACCCUCAGACCUCCGCCAGCUACACACACGCCCACAAUGUCUACACACACACACACCCUCACACACACAUGCACCCCCACCACACCCACCCGGUCAUACAUCCCCACCUGUCCCAUGGCCCAGGCCUAGACCCCAGGUUCAGCCCUCUGCUCCUGCCUGGUGUGAAGACUCAGAGUCCCCUAGCCCACAGCCCUGCUGGUCACAGCACACACAGUAACACACACAGCAGCCAGAGCCCAGGGAUACAUAGUGGUGUGAAGAUAGAGGUGGAGCAGGCCAGCCCCAGCCCGAACCCCCCCACCCUGACCACCUCAGCCUGGCCCGCAGCUCUACACACACCCUUGGAUAUCUACGACUCAGGUCUGGAUCAGGACAAAGUCAAUACUGUUUGGUUCUGAGAGAGAGGAUAUGACAUCGCUGUGACAUCACCCUGGCACUGAGCUGUGACCAGCUCUAACAGAACCCCCUGGAACCACAACACAUUUCCUGUGUACUCACUCUCAAGUAGAAGACUCUCCGCUCACUAGAAAAAGUCCAGGGUGGGUUUACAGAUGUAGGAUCUUAAUUUGAUCACUCUUUUAUUGAUGAGAAUUUUACUGCAAAGCAGGAAAUGCAAACUUGUAGAGUAUUUCAGUUUUAAAAAGGCUUCUAAAGUUUGUAAUUUCCACUUUGAAAUUUCAGGCUUAAUUUCCCCUAAUGAAUGAAAUGUAUCAACCCCUACAAAAAAUGUAUUAUAAUCCACAUAAUAAUUCACAUUUCCUGUUGCUGCAGGAUUAUUUUACUGCUGUAGCAAACUGUCUCAAAUUAAGAUCCUACAUCUGUAGGUCUCUUAGAAAGCACACUGGAGAAGCCUAGACCACUCUCCAUGCCUCACACCACCCCCCAAGGAUACUUCUGAUCACUUCUUGGCCAAAUAUGUUUCAAAUUUGUAACAAAAGUAUUAGCUGGCUGUUUUGGACCUAAUAUACCACAUGAUGGUUCUGUUUAAAGAAUUUAGUUUGUGGGAACACUGCUCAGCCAAGCCUUUUUCUGAUCUUUUUUUUUUACAUCGUGCUAUGUGUGUAACUAUGUGUGUAAUUGACUGUAAUAUAUUUUGUAUAUAGUACUUUGAUUUGAUGUGAUUGUCAUUUCCUUAAAGUGUUUGAUUGUUGCUAAUUGUUUUUCACCAACCCUGUGUUGUCAUGUUGCCUAGUGUUCUAUAU